GAGAGCAGAGACCCCAUAGAAUACACUGCCUCUUUCUGUAGCACGCUCAUACACACAGACUGGAACAGACUAAGGCAAAGAGAGAGAGAAAAACAGACGCACUACAAAAUACGCAACAAUAGCAGCCGUUGAAGCUCAAACCACCACAAGAGAUGGGGCCCGGAUUGUUUUGGAACUUCCCUUCAAAGGCUAACUGCACGGUGCCGCAGAGCCUGCUGCAGACCAUGUUGCUCUCCAGGAUGGCUGGGAUGAAGGAGCAGCAAUUUACGGAGGAGAAACCCCUACUACCGGAGCAGAGAGGGCAAGAUACUGAGAUGAGAGACCAAGGGCGGUGUGUGAACGCACUCCCAUGCGCAAGCCCUGCGCCACUCACCGCCCCCUCUUCCUCAAGCCGCCCCCCACAACGGUGGCAUGUGAUCGCGCGGCACUGGCUCCACCAGACCCGCAAUCGGACCAGUGGGUGCAUCCCGGAGAACUGUGAGACCCUGAUGCCAAUUGGAGACUGGAAGGAACAUGACAUUGAGACUCCGUAUGGGAUGCUACACGUGGUUAUUCGUGGGGCCCCCAAAGGAAACAAGCCUGCCAUCCUCACCUACCAUGAUGUGGGGCUUAACCACAAGUUGUGCUUCAACAGCUUCUUCCACAACGAGGACAUGCAGGAGAUCACCAAGCACUUUGUGGUGUGUCAUGUGGAUGCUCCUGGACAGCAGAUUGGAGCCUCUCAGAUGCCACAGGGGUACCAGUACCCCACCAUGGACCAGCUGGCAGGCAUGCUGCCCAGUGUAGUGCAGCACUUUGGAUUCAAGAGCAUUGUGGGCAUUGGAGUUGGGGCUGGCGCUUACGUCCUGGCCAAAUUUGCUCUGAUCUUCCCUGAUCUGGUGGAGGGCCUGGUGCUGCUCAACAUCGACCCCAACGGGAAGGGCUGGAUCGACUGGGCCACUGGCAAGCUCUCUGGGCUCACCAGUGCUCUUCCAGACACAGUCCUGCCCCACCUCUUUAGCCAGGAGGAGCUGAUGAACAACACAGAGCUGGUCCAGAGUUACCGUCAACAGAUCAACAACACCGUCAACCAGGUCAACCUGCAGCUCUUCUGGAACAUGUACAACAGCCGUAGGGAUCUGGAGAUGAACCGCUCUGGGACCAUCAUCAAUGCCAAGACCCUGAAGUGCCCUGUCAUGCUUGUUGUUGGUGACAAUGCUCCAGCUGAGGAGGGAGUGGUUGAAUGUAAUUCCAAACUUGACCCGACCAACACCACCUUCUUAAAGAUGGCUGACUCUGGUGGACUUCCUCAGCUCACACAGCCUGGAAAACUGUCCGAAGCAUUCAAGUACUUCCUUCAGGGGAUGGGCUACAUUGCGUAUGUGAAGGAUCGGAGGUUGAGUGGAGGGCCAGUGCCCUCUGCCAGUAUGACCCGUCUGGCACGCUCCCGAACGGCCUCACUGACCAGUGGCAGCUCCAUUGAGAGCUCUCGUAUCCGGGGUUUUACACACACUGACAGCAACGAGGGCCAGGUCAGCCACACCAUGGAGGUGUCCUGCUGAACCCUCAAACACACACACGUAGAUAAACAGACAGACAGAAUGACGUUGGUUGGAGAGAGAUGAGUUUCUACUUUGAAAUUGUUAGUGCAGGAUGUUCUCUCUAUCUAUCUCUAUUUGUCUUUGUCCUAGUAAUAUCUUUCCCAAAGUCCCUCAGUAUUUUACAACUUUUGCCCCUCCCCCCACUGUAAAAUGACACCAAUGUAUUACUCUCCCCCCUUAAACUUAAGAAAGUUUUGGUUUUCUUGAAUUGUCGUCUAUUUUGCUCAGUGUCUCCUCCCCCUUAAUUUUCUCCUGCUCCCCCAGCCCUCCACCUCCACCUGCGCCCGCCCUCCUCCCACCCAUAGCCUCAUCUGCCCCCUCCCACACUCAUCCGCUUGCCUGCCGAGAGUUUCUAUGAGGUGGUCAAUGAUGGUAGUUAAGUGGUUUAUGGUCAGUGAGGAUGGUUGGGUCACUGGGGAAAAGACAUACCUGACAAUAUGUAUUAGGUUGCUCUAUUCUUGCUCUUUGUCUGGGAAGUUGAAGAUUUGACAGAAAGCAGCACACAGCCUUAUAUUUCAGAGGGGGUUUGUAUCACAUUGUGGAGGAUGUGUCUGUCUGACAGCUACUAGAUCAGUAUUCCCACUCCACAUUCCAUGCGUGGCGUUUUCCCAUUGAUUGUCAUAAAAAGCAUAAAUACGUGUAGAGUGAUUCUAUACCCAUGUAGCCCACGUGACUCCACUCACCUGCAUUGGUAGGAGCAUCCACCCUAUAGGCAGUGUGACCACGGUCAUUUCCAGCUCCCUAAAAUGGAAGUAGUUCUGCCGAGGAUCGGUUCUUAGUGGUCUCCCAAAUGACAAUCACACCUUGACCCAAACCAAA